AUGGCCAAGCUCCCGAAGCCGCCUCGAUCGGUUCCUACGUCGAACGCGAUACCCGUCAGACGCGCGCUGCCUUUGAACCGAAGAUCACCGCAACCAUCCCUGUACGACAUACCGAAGCCAGACCCCAACCAGACGCCGGAGCAGGCGAUUCGAAAGGUCUGGGCAGCGCGACCGAAACUCUCCGACCUACAGAGACUGUCCGACGAGCAAUUGGCAUCUGCACAGCACCAGGCAAAGCUGCGGCGAUGGAGGCAAUGGCCCAUGUUUGGAGUCGGACUGGUCGCAUUCGGACUCGGCAUGUACGGUGUCAUGCUGUACGCCUCGUUGACGCGCGAGGUCGACAUCAAGGACCUGCCGGCGGACCUCACAGAUCGAUUCGACAAAGAGGCCGAGGGCUACGACGAGAAAGUCGACACGUCCGAGGCACUGCUGCUGCUCACAGGGAAGCGCAAGAAGCUCGCCAAGCUCGCAAGGGGACACGUGCUGGAGGUGGCCGUGGGCACGGGCAGGAACAUACCCUACUACAAAACGAAGCAAUGCGCAACCGUGACUCUGCUCGACUCCAGUGCGCCCAUGUUGGAGGUGGCGAGGCGCAAGUGGAACGACACGCACAAGGAGUACUUCAGCCGCGUCUUCUUCAAGCGGCAAUCGGCUCUAGACCCCAUCACGCCGCCCUUUGAUGCCCAAGACGGCUACGAUACAGUGGUGGAAACCAUGGGUCUCUGCUCUACGCCAGAGCCCGUGAAGCUGCUGCAGAACAUUGAGGCAUGCACAAAGGAAGAUGGGCAGAUAUUGCUUCUGGAGCACGGCAAGUCGCAUUACAACUGGCUCAACAGCUUGCUCGACCAGACAGCACUGGCUCACGCGGACGAGCAUGGGUGUUGGUGGAACAAGGACAUUGGCAAGAUUGUCGAAGAGAGUGGGCUUGAAGUCGUGACGAUCAAAAGGUACAAUUUCGGCACGACAUGGUGGCUAGAGCUGAAGCCCCGAAAGGGCCAGCGAAAGAGGAUGGCCGAAGUCGUGACUGGAGAGCAGCCGCUUGCGCCGCAGACGGCGUCUUCGGUGGCGCAAAAGCCGUGGUGGUCUUUCUGGCAGUGA